AUGAAGCAAGUUGAUAAAAAAGCUUUAGAGGGUGAUGCUUUAGUAUUAUCUGAUCACAAACAAAAUUUCCUACUUCUUGAAAGAGCGGUAUCAACCAUUGAAUCACGUUAUACUACACGUGUUCUUAGAACCACUGCAUCGAUUCGUAAACGUUUAAAUGCAGAUAAUUUAGCACAAAUCAUUAAAGAUGCUUAUCCAAAAGAUUCUGUUGAUAAAAGUAGACUUUUAGGUUAUUUGGGAAAUGAGUCUGGAAUUAUGGAGGUUGAUGUGGAUGAUGGAGUUAAUUGUGGUAGUCAAGGACACAUUAUACCUGAAGUUGACCUUUAUCUUCAUUUGAUGAUGAUGAUAUAUUUAUUGGAUAAAAAAGAUUUCGAAAAGGGUAUUCAAUUGUCUAAUGAAACACUCCUAAAGAUCCAAAAAUUAAAUCGACGUACUUUAGAUCAAUUGUCUGCUCUUUUGUUAGCAGCUCAUAGAACAGCUACAUUGCGACAUGAUGAUGAUACUCAGGCCACAUUACUCAAUCUUUUAUUGAGAAAUUAUUUCCACUAUAAUCUUUAUGAUCAGGCCGACAAACUUGUCACUAAAACCACUUUUCCAGAAUCAUCUGCUAAUAAUCAGCAGGCCCGAUAUAUGUAUUACUUGGGACUUAUCAAGGCCAUUCAGCUUGAUUAUACAGCUUCACACACUCAUUUACUGCAAGCAAUUCGUAAAGCACCUCAAAAUGAUGCUACAGCUGGCUUUCAACAAACAGUUUAUAAAUUAUCAAUUAUUGUACAACUACUUAUGGGAGAGAUUCCUGAACGAACUUUAUUUAGACAACCCGUAUUAAAGAAACCAUUGGUUCCAUAUUUAAAGCUUGUUCAAGCUGUAAGAAUUGGUGAUUUAUCAAAAUUUCAAGAAGCCUUGGCAAAAUAUGCUGAAGUUUUUCGUAAAGACAAAAACUACACAUUGAUUUUAAGACUUCGACAUAAUGUAAUAAAAACAGGAAUUAGAAUGAUUAGUUUAUCAUACUCGCGAAUAUCUUUACGUGAUAUUUGUUUCAAAUUACAUCUUGACAGUGAGGAAGAUGCUGAAUAUAUUGUUGCAAAAGCUAUUCGUGAUGGCGUGAUUGAUGCUACUUUAGAUCAUGAAAAAGGAUUUAUGAAAUCAAAGGAAAAUGCAGAUAUUUAUUCAACCAAUGAACCACAAAUUGCUUUUCAUCAACGUAUUAGUUUUUGCUUAAAUCUUCAUAAUGAAUCGGUCAAGGCAAUGAGAUUUCCACUCAAUGCGCACCAUAUUCCCAAUGCUGUUGCUGAUGUCAGAUGA